AGGAGGUGGGAAGGUGAGGGGAGGUUGAGGAGGUUGUGGUAGAUGCUUUGGAUGGAUGAGGGUGGUAGAGAAGAAGAGGAGGGUGGGGAUAGGAGGGGUUUGUUUCAGCUUUCGGGGCUUGACUGUGGGGCUGGUUUUUGGCAUGUGCAUUGCAUAGAUGGUACUAGAGACCAUUUGAGGUUCAGUUUGAGAGGGCCUUUUUGCCUGUUCAUCGUCACUUUUACCGUACUGAUUCUACUCAGGGUGUUUGCUGGGCGCUCCGUUGAUCAUGGGCUUACGAAAUCAACAUGACUCUGGCAUUGGAAUAAUGAUAUCAUGCAAUUGACG